AGCAGAUUUUCGUAUUUCUAGAUGCAGUUUGAAAACUGUGCGUGAGUUUUUGUCGUAACUUUGUUUAUUUCGUCUGUAUUUUUAUAUGAUUUUACUAGAAUGAAUAGGCUGAAGAGAAGUUUAAGUUUAAGGAGUUCUAAAAGGCACAUACCGGAAAGUGUAAGGCCACAAAUUUGGGAGAACGACAGCUACAAAGUACGGAAUGGAGGCGUUAGUUUCCCAGUCAAGUAUGUGGGAUCGAUCGAAGUUACCGAGUCCAGAGGAACACAAGUUUGUGCAGAAGCUUUCCGAAAGAUGAAAGAAGUCGGGACAGGGAAAAAGAAGCGAAUGCAGUUGCUUGUCACGGCAGAUUGUGUACGAGUCGUGGACGAACAAACCAAGUCCCUUGUCAUUGACCAGACGAUUGAAAAAGUGUCAUUUUGUACACCUGAUCCGGGUAACGACAGAGUCUUCUCCUACAUCUGCCGGGAAGGAACUACAAGGAGAUGGAUGUGCCACAGCUUUAUAGCUUUGAGAGACACAGGAGAGCGUCUUAGCCAUGCAGUUGGCUGUGCAUUCACAGCUUGUCUUCAGAGAAAGCAGAAGGCUCAAGCUCUACAGCAGCAACACAAGGAGCAACAACAACAACAGCCCCCAACCCAACAGGGUACCACUGUAGCUGCUGUAACUGGGACACCAGGUGCAGCAAGCACCAUACCAGUAGUUAAUGGCUCCAGUCCUCCAAAUCCACCUGCACAGCAGCCAUCCCCUGGACAAAUGCAACCUUCUGUCCCUGUCCCAUCUACUGUGCCAGCAUCAACCACAGCUCCAAUCGCUGCUGCAACAGUCCCAUCCAGUACGACAACUCCUCCAGUUAAGAAUGGUACUGUGACAACAGGAACACAGCAGUUACCAUCACCAGCUGAGCCAAAGCAAAACAAUGCUGGUACUCCUGUACUAAAACCUCCUCCCUCAGUUGCAAGACCACGUCCACAACCUUUUCACCCUUCACCUUUUACCCGUCACAUGUCACUGAGGUACCGCUCCAAUCCUCUCUCUUUCAUGCCACUACGCAAUGACACAAGUGGCUAUGAAACAUUGACAGAAGAACCAGCAGUUCCACAAUUGCCUCCGACUGUUGAUGCCCUUAUGCUACAGAAAAAUACACCCACUCCAAUUUCAACAUCAUUUGGAACACCAGUCUCUCAAGGUCCUGCAACACAGAACAGUGCUCCAAGUCAACCGCCUUCUAUGUUUAAUGGGAUGAAUACAAACUCAACAUCAACAAUACAAUCAUCCAAUGCUAUACCGAACUUAAGUCAAAGGAGUAAUGUCCCCAAUGCAGUGCCCCCAUUACAGCCAUAUCCUAUUCAGGGGGCAACCCCCCAAGUCAAUGGGUCAGGCUCAUGGAAUGUCUCAAACCAAGUACAGAGGCAGAAACCUCUAUCAGAGGCUGAAAUGUGGCUAGCAUCUGCUUCAGUUGAUACCGCACAGCCAGCCAAGACAGUGCAACCAAAUCAGGGUUUGCUGACUACUGUAAAUCCAUUUGCAGAAACGUCAUCCCAAAUUGAUGCUCUCUCAAAUGCAUGGACACAUGAUCUGCAGUCCACACUGCCUAGUGUGUCAUCACAAGGGACAACUGGCUGGUCGUCAUCAUCUCAGUGGGGAACCAGCACCACACGUCAAACAAAUGGAGAAGAUGACUUUGCAUCAUUCUUUGCUUCAAGGCAAACCAGCCCCCCUCCACAUGCACCCCUCAGUAAGAAAGAUUCCAACCCAUUCACACCAACUCAAGAUCAAGUAUUCUGGGUGUGAUGAGGAAAUUCAUGGACAAGGUGACAUUUUUAGUUCUUAGUGUUCUUAGCAGGAAUUUGUACACAACUUUUUAACAUGGAUAAUGAUUGUUUGAACUUUUCAUCUCUGAGAAAAAAGAAACCAAGCCAAGCCAAGCCAAGCCAAGCCAAAGUGACUGAAGUUAGUGAUGGUGACUGGGAUUUGUGAAACUGAGCAAAAAUUACCGUAAGAGCCAAGUGACUGUCAAAUCAGUUUUGAAAUUGUCCAUCACUGUCAAGUCUUAUUCAGAACCACCUUCACGCAAGUGCAAUCAUGCCAUCCAAUCAGCUCUUAAUUUCAAACAAAAUACUGUACAGAUGGAAUGGUUAUUGGAGGUUUGAAUCACCUUUUGAGCAGCAAUGGUGGAUAUUUACUUAAGAAAAUUUUAACUGCAUUUUCUUUUAAUGAGAUUUUUACAUGUACCAUGUAGUAGUUGCUGAUUUGAGAAUUUAGAAGAAUGGUGUGGGAAAUCAAGAGGUUCUGUAACACUCAACAUAACAAGAAUGUGAAAAUUUAGAAGGCUCAAGAACUUCUCUGGAAGAUAACACAUUCUUAUUUUUUUAAAGUAGUGUUAUUCGUUUUCAAAAGGAAUUUGGGCAAGCUGGAAAUGCAUGAAUGAUGUACGCCUAGUAUCUAAUAUAAUUAUUGUUGAUAGCUCAUAGUGCUUUAACUUCUGUAAGUAUUAUGUUCCAAAAUGUAUAGAAACCUUUUCACAUUACACACUUGGGAUUUUUUUAUUUCUUGCAUUUCACACAUGUAUAUCUCUUAGAUUUUUUGUGAAGUGGAAAUGAGGUUGCAGAGGUUCUCUUUCAUCACAAUAUGGGUAUAUAAAAAUUGUCAUACUUAUAAAUAUGUUAAUUGUACAAAAUAUAGGGUUGAUGUUUCUGAAUUUUACACAAGUGAAGGCCAUGUGAAACGACUUUACAACUGCCUUUGCACUUUAUAACUCUGUUGGCCAAUGAUAUCAUCUUGGGUUUUUAUUGCUUGAGCAUCAGCUACUGCAAAGAGACUUUGAGCUUACUUGUCAAUUAUGCCCCCCAAAAAUGGACAACUUAAAAAAAAAUUUGUUUACCUACGUGCACUUUGUACCAACAGUUAGUACAAAAUCUUUUAACAGCAAAGUUUUAUUUAAAAAUUAGAUAUCCAAGCGCAUUAUUUUUAAGUUGAAUUUAUGACAUGAAAAUGUGGUUUGUGGCAAUUACUUGAAUUAUGUGUGACAAGUCUGUUUGAAGUAUUUCAUGUAUACCAGAAAUUAACUUGGGCAGAAUGAAGAAGCAUAACCUUGUUCCAUGCUUGAUUAAACAUCAUUAGAAUUGUUUAAAAUGAUUCUUUUCAUGAUUUUAGUUUGUUAGACUUGAAGAGUUUAGGAUUUUAACCUAUCAUUUCAGCUGAACAACUGUGUACAGGAUCAAACAGACAUUGCAUUCUUACAAGUUACACUUUUUUUCUCUUGCUGAGUAUGCUGAGAAGUAUGCUGUUGAAAAAUAGAUCUGAUUACACAAGCUUGGUUGGUAUUUUCACUGCUCUGUACUUUUUUUGUCAAGAUAAAUUUUUUCCUGCUUUGAAUGAAGUCAAGCUAGCCUGGAAGAGGUAACCUGGAUUGUGUAGAUUUUGUUACAAAUCACAUAAACACUGCAGACACACUUGCAUAACAGACAAAUAAAUAAAUAACAGAAAAUAAGAGGACGUGUAAGCAGCUCCAUUAGUACAGUCAGAAUAGAUGUUGGUUCCACAAUGGCAAGAUCUUGGCAAAUGGAGCUGUUUUUCACGUAAUUGCAUUUAUUUGGCCAGCCUAGUAUAACAUGCCAAGUCUCUCUUUUUUUAACGAGCCUCUGAGGUAAAAGAAUUUAGUGGCAUAUUAUGUUUAUGUUGCAAAAAGUGAGGAAAAUUCUUCUAAAACAUUAUGUAAUUAUUUGAAGUGCAAUCACUAAUAGUAGUUUUAUUCUAAUAUAAUUUUGUAAUGUUGCCUUCCCUAAUGAGCAUUAUGUUGCACAACUGUCAAAUAGGUAUUUUGCAAUCAGUUAUGUUAUAACUGAUCCUUUGUACUGGAGAUUUUCCACUCAAAUAAUAAUAUAGCUGGUUGAUUGUGGUGUAAAUUCAAAAGCAAUGUUAUUUUAUGUUAUGAAGUCAUGCUGGAUGUGGUGCUUCAAAUCAGAAAGUGGUUAAAAG